GGAGGACAGAAAGGUUCGUUUUAUGAGGUAACGAGUAACUUAGAUAAUGACAUGGUGAAUCCUGUUCCUGGUACCCUUAGGCAUGCGGUUACAAGAACUGCACCCUUGUGGAUCUAUUUUUCUCAUAGCAUGACCAUUAGGCUGAGCCAGGAGCUGAUUGUGGCAAGUGACAAGACCAUUGAUGGAAGAGGAGCUGAUAUCUACAUUAUGAAUGGUGCUGGUUUUACCCUCCAAUUCGUCAAGAAUGUCAUCAUCCAUGGAAUCAAAAUUUUUGACAUUAAUUCUGGCAAUGGUGGACUUAUCAGAGAUUCUGAGACCCACUACGGUCAAAGAACUCAGAGUGAUGGUGAUGGAAUUUCCAUCUUUGGCUCUAGCUAUGUUUGGAUCGACCAUGUUUCCAUGAGAAACUGCAAAGACGGAAUGAUCGAUGCCAUUAUGGGUUCUACUGCCAUUACCAUAUCCAAUUGCCACUUCACGGACCACAAUGAGGUGAUGCUGUUUGGUGCGAGUGACAGCUAUGAUGGUGAUAAGCUAAUGCAGAUCACACUGUUAUUCAACCACUUUGGUAAGAGAUUAGUUCAAAGAAUGCCAAGAUGCAGGUUUGGUUUUUUCCAUGUGGUUAACAACGACUACACUCAUUGGGAAAUGUAUGCCAUUGGUGGUAGCAAGCAUCCUACAAUUAUUAGUGAGGGCAACCGAUUCACAGCCCCCAACGACAAUAAUGCUAAAGAGGUAACAAAGAGGACCUACGCAACAGAACAAGAGUGGAAAAACUGGCAAUGGAGAUCAAUCAGGGAUGAGCUAGUGAAUGGAGCUUAUUUCAGAGAAAGUGGGCCCGUUUUAAAGAACAGACCCUUCACAAAGAAGGACAUGGUGUCCUCCAGGCCUGGUUCGUAUGUAGUAAGGCUCAGUCGCUACGCUGGGGCCCUAAGAUGCUUUGAGGGCAAACCUUGUUAGACAUCAUCAUCAUCACCACUCUGUGCCAAAACCAAAUCCCUC